UCCGCGAUCUACUCUUGCUUUACGACGCAUCUCCACAAUGUCUUGCACCACCGUUACGUACGCUCCCCCGAUCCAAAGCACAUUUGUCGCCACUACUGCGUUCGUCGCAUCCACAUCCGAGAACCAUGCGUUUUGCAUGCCUCCUCCCCCGAUAGUUCCGCAGACACCAGCGAAACGCAGGCAGGAUGAGAACGCUGUCCCUUGGGGGCCGCAAAGGCACAACCGUGCCAAGGCUCGCGGCAAACGGCGCGUAAGCUUCGCCCCGCUACCCGACAGAGAAGACGUCCCUCCAACGCCGUCCAAACCCGCGAAGACAUCGCGUCCUGCUCGUCCCGCUCUGAAACGGAGAUACUCGACGUCCCAAGUCCCAUCGCGCGAUCAUCAACUGGAAAGCCGCCAUCUAUCGCAGCGCGAGGGCGUAUGCAUAAUGUCGCCGGAGGAAUUCGUGUCUAUGGUUGCGCAAGAUCAGCGUCGUUCCCAUUCCGAUGCAUCUUCGACGGAUCAUCGUGGUUGGUGAUAGCAUGAAGGCUCGUUGCCGAACUACUCGAACCACUACAUCGACCACAACCCAGUGGCGGUUAUGCUCCCCUUCUUGCGUAAUUCUACGUUCAAUAUCGUUCCUUUGUACCUAUGGACACUGUUUCCGUCAACUUGCUCUCAUGCUUUCAUCUUCGCAUACAAAUGACCUGUACCCACCCCUGAUAUUUCCAUACAUACUGCUAGCUGUCCGACCCCGCGAUGUAACAAUAUGACGUCGUCAUUUUUCCUCUCUAUAUACUUUG